AUGUCAAGGGGGAAGGGAACCCGUUUUUACGACGAUCCUUUUGGCUUGACUUUGUCGUCGGCAGCCACAGAUCGAGGGGAAGGUAAGCAACAAAUAGUAGCACCGAAAAAUGGCAGAAGGGGCUGCGUACGUCGACGAGGGGCAGUAGUCGGCGUCUCCGAUGAGCAAAGGGAGCAAGGAUCUUCGAGGGUGUUUUGCCGUGGAGUCGAUGAGCAAAUGGUGGAGGGGAUAUUUUCUCUUCGGCGAGCCCUCGUGGGAUCCUUUCUUGUCGUCGGCAGUAAAGAAAAAGAAUGA